AAUGCUUUCACAUCUUGCUACUUCUGAGUCUUCAACAUCUGCUUCUUCUUCGGGAGGAUCUGGUCUCCCACAAGAUGAUUGGUACAACUACAGAGUCUGGUGGGCUUUACUACUUCACAACUGAUUCCAACAGCCCAACCUCUCUUCCUGACCCAAUCACUGGCCCUGCACCAGAAUCUAGAUGGCUGUCUGUUGGUUUUUAUUCAACUAUUCAUGACAUUGAUAUUUGCCAUUACUGGCUUGGA